AUGCCCACGGAUGACGAUAUCACCGAGACUUCCAGCAGCAGUGAUGAUAAUCCCGAAGAGCCCAGCAAGGAGAAGGAACCCAUCCAAGUUGGAAUGACCUCCCUGACCAAGGAUCUCUACAGGGACGACUACCGGCAGCCCUGGCAGGAGUGGGCGCCCGAGGACAUAGGUAUCAACUCCAAAUCGACGCCCGCUUCACUCAAGUUUGCCCUCAUCGUGCGGCGUGAGAAGCAGAACGGCGACACUGAGGAGCCCGUUCUAGCUCUGCACUCCGUCGCCGUGCAGAGCCCUCUUAUCAAAACGCAGCUGGAUCCGGUAUUCGCUGGCUACAGAGGUAUCAACACGAAGCUGAAGAAACUCGAGUUCCGAGCCCCCUUCCGCGAGUUCUUCUACAGAUGGAGCGAGUUCAUCCAAGCCGAGCCAAAAACCCAGAGCGACGAGCAAGAGAACAUCGGGCAUGACCACUACAAGCUCCUUUUCGACAUCAUAUCUACCGAAGUCCAGCCGCAUAUCGAGCAGGCGGGAGACUUGCUUAGCAACAACGUGAUCUCGUUUGAUUACGUCUGGGCACUUUUUGAGCCGGGCACCGAGGUCUACUCCCACGUCGAUGGACAUGACCGCUUGUAUCUCCUCAACGGGGGAACUUAUCAAGAGCUACCAGGCGGCGUCAAGAUCUUCAAUCUUUCUUGCCGUUACAUUGACACCGACGGAGACACCUUCGGCUACCGUACAACAUCACUAGCGAUUGGAGAGUUUGAGAAUGUGCAGCCAAUAUCGGAGCUGAAUGUGCUCCCGAGCCAUUUGAAGCCGGACAUUGAAAGUAUUCGGAGUCGGCUCGAAGAGAGAGGACGCAAAUUUGCAGCAUUGAAGGGCUUUCAUUACAAGUCGUACUCGGGCGCUUACGACUUGCAUCGGCCUUCUUACGGAGCCCCGCGCAAACAAUACGUUGCCGAUGGAAGAAUUGUGGUCGACUGUAGCUCAUUCCUCAAAUACAACGGCGGACCGCUCGGCCAGCUCGAUCCACUUGAUCAACCAGUCACUUCGGAACACCUGAGUCGCUUGAGCCUGCUUACCGGUAUUGACGACAGUGACGAAGAAGCCGACAUGUUCUUGCCACCGCCUAUUCGAAUGAUGCAGCAAAGAGCGAGGCAAAUGCGGCAGAGGUUCAACUCACUCCGGACGCAGUCAAAGGUUUCCGAGUCUCUAUUUAAGGAGCACUAUCCGCUGUGUAGUCCGGUAGUAAAGGGGUUCUGCCUCAAGAUUAAAGAUUGGGUUCACUUCGACGUCGACCUUGUCAAGGACAUUGUCUGGGAUGACGGUGCUUUCGAACAGCUCGUUCUGCCGCACGACUACAAGCGCGUCAUAUGGGCAUUUGUUGAAGCGCAGAUGUCCAAUGUCGACGACUUUGAUGACAUCAUUGGAGGGAAAGGAAAGGGCAUCAUCAUGCUCCUUAGCGGCGAACCUGGAACUGGGAAAACGCUCACGUCCGAGUCGGUCUCCGAGGCCAUGAAGAAGCCCCUGUACAGCAUGAGCGCAGGCGAGUUGGGGCAUGGUGCGGACGAGGUUGAACAAAACCUGCGUCGCGUUCUCGAGCUCUCGACCAAGUGGGGUGCGGUGCUGCUUCUGGACGAGUGCGACGUCUUCCUCGAAAAGCGCUCCACCUCGGACCUGCACAGGAACAAGCUCGUCUCGGUAUUCCUACGCCUAUUGGAAUACUACCAGGGCGUCAUGUUCCUCACAACCAACCGGGCAUCGUCGUUUGACCCGGCAUUUGAGUCCCGCAUUCACCUCACCAUUCACUUUCCCAACCUUGACUUCCCAAGCAGGCUGCAUAUUUGGAAGAUAUUCAUCAACCCCAGCUCAGGAAGAAGCUGCAGCGUCUCGGAAGUGGAGCUGGAGUCGCUCGCAAAGGCCGAGCUUAACGGCCGGCAGAUCAAGAAUGUGGUAAAGACGGCGCGGCUGCUGGCUGCAAGGGACAAAACGCCUCUGUCACUUGAUCAUAUCGAAACGGUGAUGAGGGUUAAACGAGGAGAUCCCGCACGCUUUGCAGAUGCUUGA